CACCCAGUAACACAGGGUCGAGAGAGAGAGAGAGAUGGAAGGAGAUAAAGGUCCCGUAUGCGUUACAGGUGGUACAGGGUUUAUAGGAUCAUCACUGAUCAAGAGGCUCCUUGAUCGUGGUUACUAUGUCCGAACCACUGUUAGAUCUAACGCUGAGCAAAAGAAAGACACUAGCUUUCUGACAAGUCUGCCAGGAGCAUCAGAAAAGCUCCAAAUCUUCAACGCAGAUCUGAGUGAUCCAGAGAGUUUCAAUGCACCCAUUGAAGGAUGCAUCGGCGUCUUCCACGUGGCUACUCCGGUUGAUCUCGAAGACAGAGAACCUGAAGAAAUAGUGACCAAAAGAGCAAUCAGUGGAGCACUGGGUAUCUUACAAGCAUGCUUAAAUUCCAAGACUGUGAAACGAGUUGUAUACACUUCUAGUGCAUCAGCUGUCGUAUUUAAUGGCGAGGAGGCAGAUGAAAUGGAUGAGAGAUUUUGGAGUGAUGUAGAUUUCCUUAAAGCUCUAAAGCCAUUUGGUUCCUACAUGAUUUCCAAGACAUUAACAGAAAAAGCAGUCCUUGAGUUUGGAGAAAAACAUGGAUUGGAUGUCGUAACCAUAAUUCCUUCCUUUGUUGUUGGUCCCUUCAUUUGUCCCAAGUUACCAGGCUCUGUUCGCUCAACAUUGGCUAUGGUCUUUGGUGACAAGGAUCAAUAUAGCGUACUUAUCAAUAUAUGUAUGGUCCACGUAGAUGACGUGGCCAGAGCACAUAUUUUUCUCCUUGAAUGUCCUACAGCAGAAGGAAGGUAUAUUUGUUCAUCAGAUCUCCUGACAAUUGAACAGAUGUCUGAAUUUCUUUCUGCUAGGUACCCAGAAUUUCAAAUACCAACACCAGAUUCUUUGGAGGAAAUUAGAGGUAAUAAAAUACCGAGUCAAUCAUCAAAGAAGCUAUUAGAUUCUGGCUUCAAAUAUAAGUAUGGUCUCAGUGAAAUGUUCGAUGAAGCUAUUCAAUGCUGCAAAGAAAAGGGUUAUCUCUAGUUCAAGAAUCUGCCAUUAAUUAGUUUGUGAUAUAUAUAUAUAUACAUAUGUAAGGUGUGUGAUACGUGCUCCCGCCAUUUAUUCUCUCUGCAUUUUCUCAUUUAGAAUAUAUUCUAAAUAUAUUGUAACAAUAAAACAAAGAAAACCUUAAUUUAAGGUCUCGUCAAUGCCGCUCUUUCGUGGGA